CAUUCUAUUUCCUUACAAUUAAUGGGUUUGAAUUUUUAGGUGUCAAGAAUUUUAGAUCGAUGCUAGGCCUUCAAGGAUUUCUCAAAUUCUCCAAAUGCCAAGAAGAUGAGCCAGUUUUCCUUGUUCAGCAGUGGCCAAGAAUUGGCAAACUUAGUGCCAACAAAGCAGCAAUAACCCUUUUUGCCUCACUACUGAAAGAGCACUCUGCCCUCAAAGAACAGUUGAGCAGUUUCAAUCGGCUAAUAAUCACUGUAAUUUCUUUGGGAGGUUCUAUGACAUCUGUAUGCACUCUCUGGUUACUUGACAACAUUAUAUUACUCCAAAGGAUAAUAACAAGCGUCCCACUUGCAUCACGUUUGGUUUACCCUUUCUUGGUAACAAGCCAUAGCAGAACGUCCAUCAUGGAAUUGAUCAAGAAUCUUUCUCAAAGAAGAAUAAUGCCUUUGAUCCUGGCAAGAAGCUAUGGCUUGGCUAGAGUAGUACAAGAAGGUAACCCUGAAUGAAGGAGGCUACUAUGAUAGUUUCAAAUGCGGUCGCGAAGGAGGGUACUAUGAUAGUAAAUUAUUUUUUGUAUCAAAGUCGAUAUGUACGACACAAAUUAAGAACUCAUUUACAGCAAUCCAACUAUCUUUAUUUUCUUUUGUUUUUAAUUUAAAAUGGCAUGCAUUAAUUAACUUCG